AUGGCAGAUGGCAAAGAAGGCAAGAUCACAACCAUAUCGCGCGAGAGGAGAGAUGAUACCGCUAUGACUCGCGAAAGUGGAAUGGCAUUAACACUGACGGGAAAACACCACCCGUCCGAACUGACGAAACACCACCCGCUGCCACGCCGCGGAGACCAGCACCGCCACCGAGCUACUUUGAUUAUCAACCUCGCGUACGCUGUCGAGAAGUUUGUCGUCCUCAUGGCGAAGGUGGACGCCAGCAGAGCGGUUUACCUCGCGCAGGCGGAAGUGCUGGUCCAGUUGGUGCGAUCGUGGGAGCUCGACGCGCCACAACACAGGAAAUGGGGCAGAGUGUUCGUCGCGGUCGUAUCUGACGCACCAAGGGAAGAGAUAAGGCUGAGCCAUGAGUGCGGCGCCGUCGGACAUCUGCCGGCUAAUUGCUCCGAUCGCGAGCAUAACUUUAUGUUGACCGUGAACGAAUCGACGAUCAAGCAGGUGCUGCACUACGAGGAUCUCGCACCUCGUCGGGAUGCAGCGCGCCAUCACGUGCUUGACGAUAAAUUGGAGCUGGGAGAACAUUUGUUGCGGGUAUCGAGAGCGCGCAAGCAGUAUGCACGCAGUGGCCGAAACCCCAGAUUAUUACGAGUGCGAUUCCAUAACAGUCCGUUGUUGUCGCCUUCCACGCCGCUAGUAGACCGAACGCCAAACAACGGUGUAGCGGUGCCAUAUACAGUCCAAUUGAUCGGAUGUAUGCUACGCAGAUACGUCCACACCUUCCACCUGCUUCAAAUUAUUAAUAGUUCGCGCUUUGGAGGUAUUGUGACCCUCAACAAUGCCAGCACGGAAAGCAGGCAUGCGGGCAAUUUGGUCUCCAGUCGGGUUGGCGCCAAUCAGCGUGAAGGAACUUCGUUGGGGCGUCUGGGCUUCUUCGUUGGGAGUCCAGAGGUAUAUAUCCUCGGCGCGGUGGGGCGGCGCCAGGAACCCGUGUCGGGUGCGAUUAUGGCGAUGCUGUCGGAAGGAGUGGACGCACCGGCGGCACAGUCACAAGUCGUGUAG